UCAUGCUUCUGAAUCAUUCAAGUCUUAUCGUGGGCACUAACCGAUCGCUGAAAAUGUGGACUGGCACACAUUUCCGACGUGUUAGCAAGCAAGCUAACGACCACUGCUUAAUAGAUCUAGAAUGUGCCAUGAGAUUGUGAAGCGGUGAGGUAGGAGUCCAUUACGUUCAUAUAGGAAGUGGUAUAAAGGGGGGAAAUUAUAAGAUACUUUGCAUUCUAUUUAUGGUUAUUUACGCACAAUUUUCGACGCUGUCGAAACAUUUUCUUGUCAGUCGACUUUUUUUGUAUUGCACUGCGCCUCUAUAUCCGACGUUACGGUAAAUAGCCCCUGUGCUCGGAUAGCCGAGCGGGCCUCAAACUAUGGCCUGCCCUCCGACAAACUGCUUUAACAAACUACUCGUAUAUCUUCAACAUUGCAUACGAUCCGGGAGACGAGCCGUCCAAAAUAAAUAGUUUUUAGGCGAAAGGGCGAGGAUUUUAUCUUUAUUUGAGUCAAGUAAGCAGUAGCCUGGAUGAAUAAUGAGCGUUAGCUAUGGAUACUGGACCGCCGGAUAUACGGGUAACUGUCCCCGGGGGGCCAUGCAUGGUGGACGUAGGUAGGCUACCAUUCGUGGACCCAAGUACUUCCGUAGACCUUGGCGGGCUCCAGGAAUGCGUGGUAUCAACAUUGAUGUAGUCUGAUUUCUUUUUAAUUCGACUACAAUCCAAUGAAGAUAAGAAAACUUUUUUUGUUACAUUAGAGCGAGAAUUGUAUCUAAAUUGGAUUGCGGAUCGAGACCCGGUGGUCCGAGCUUAUCGUAACUGUAUCGAGUCUAGCGGGUCCAACAAGGCAACUUUGAAAGUAAUGUCAUUAAAAUCCAAACAUUGGUGAACAAACAUACAUUUAUUGCCUGAUUCAGGUUUUUAUUCCAAUUUAAUGGCCGGACAGCCGCCGUUUAUCUAAACCAAGAAGGGUUGAAUUGGUGGGUCAAUAGUUUGCUUGAUAGGAUGGCUGAACGCACAAAGUCGUCAAAGGCCUGGCUAUACUUCAGUAGAAAGAGAGGUGAGAAGGUUUCGAAAUGCCUUUUAUGCUCGAUGUACAUGUCUUGUAAGGGGGGCAACACGACGUCCAUGCUGAAGCACCUCAAAGUUGUGCAUGAUUUAAAAACAAACUGCGAGUGCCAAACCGACCCACUCUUGCUUCCGGUUCCGGAUAAUCCUCCUCCAACCCAGCUCCCUCGUGAUGGUGUCAGAAGCUCAGGAAGAGGAUCUUCUGAGGAGAGACCUUCGCCUCAGGUGCCGGGUGUCGUCACGGAAACUCUGAGGAAGAAGUUUAAGAAGAAGCUGAAGACAAUCAUAGAUUCAUUGCUCAGGUCCACUGUGUCCGAGGUCACGAAUGCCUUUGACGUCUUCACAUUUGACCAUCAAAUGGUGGUGAAGCAGAAGAUAGAGGAAUGUUCCAUGCUGCGGUUAAAGCUGGAGCAGGCUGAGAACAAACUGAGAGAACAAAAUGGAACGUGGGGCAAAAUGGAAGACGAAACAUACACCGCCGGACCAAUCAUGCCCGAGUUAAAUGUCGAUGAACCCGACGACUGGUGUGCUCCCCUGGGCUGUGAGAACGUAGUGGACCCGGGGCCCUCCACCAGUCACGGGCCCAGAGAGGACCGAAGCAGCUCUCUGUGCUCGUUGUCUGUGUCCCUGUGGCGCUUGCCAGUCAUCAAACAAGAGGUGGAGGAUGAUGGCUACCAGCUUGACGGACCUUUGAGUGGUGCAUUUUCAGAUGAAGGACCACAAAAAAACCUUGAACACACCGAGGAUCAAAAGAUGCCUUUGUCGACCACAAAACAAAGCCGCCCACGUAGCAGUCAGGCAACUAGAAGUCGAAACGGAUCAAUCAAGACGAAGACUGAACAGCCAAUGAAUCGCACAGAAAAGGUAAAGCUGGAGGUCCCAAACACAGAAAAGGCUAAAGGUAAGAAAAGAACCUUGCAAGCUAUUAAAUUGGAACCCGAGCCGAUGGAAGACAAAAGCGUGAACAAGAAGUACCGUUGCAAGUUCUGUGGCAAAUUCUUCGACACAGAGGUGGGCCGCAGUGUUCACCUGAGGAUCCAUAAGAAGUGUACCGGAUGCCAGAAGAUGUUCCAAUACCCAAGCCACCUUCAGUUACAUAAGAAGAAAUGUACAGGUUUCCAGGGAGAUACCGGUCUGGAUACCGCUCGGGAUACCGGUCUGGAUACCGCUCGAGAUACCGCUCGGGAAACCGCUCGGGAUACCGCUCGGGAAACCGCUCGGGAUACCGCUCGGGAUACCGCUCGGGAUACCGCUCGGGAAACCGCUCGGGAAACCGCUCGGGAAACCGCUCGGGAAACCGCUCGGGAUACCGCUCGGGAUACCGCUCGGGAUACCGCUCGGGAAACCGCUCGGGAUACCGCUCGGGAAACCGCUCGGGAAACCGCUCGGGAUACCGCUCUGCAAACCGCUCGGCAUACCGCUCGGGCUACCGCUCGGGCUACGGCUCGGGCUACGGCUCGGGCUACGGCUCGGGCUACAGCUCGGGCUACCGCUCGGGCUACCGCUCGGGCUACAGCUCGGGAUACCGCUCGGGAUACCGCUCAGGAAACCAGUCGGGUAACCAAGAAAAGCAUAUGCCUCAGAAAAAGACGGAGGGUUUCACCCGGAGAGGACCCAUCCAUUUUGCUCGUUAAAACCCAGGAAGCCAACAGGAAAAAGAGGGCUCAGAAACGCUCCAAAGAGAGCGCUAGCCCUAGCACCAAAAGAGCCAAGUCGUUUCUCUGUACAAACUGUCACAAGAGCUUUUGUUCGAUUGUAUGGCUGAAAAACCACCUUUCAAAACAUUUACCUUGCCCCAAAUGCAAGCAGAUAUUCUGCUCGAGAUACUUUCUAAAAACACACAUUUACAAAGAUCACCCCAAAAAGCCUGAUAAAACGUUGGAGCCUUCUGAGGCUGUUCAUAGGGAAUUGGCUGCCAUUUCAUCCAAGGAAAAACCUAGUGAAUUGGGUGCUGUUUCAUCCAAGAGAACAGGUAGUGAAUUGGGUGCUGUUUCAUCCAAGGAAAAACCUAGUGAAUUGGGUGCUGUUUCAUCCAAGGAAAAACCUAGUGAAUUGGGUGCUGUUUCAUCCAAGACAACAGGUAGUGAUUUGGGUGCUGUUUCAUCCAAGGAAAAACCUAGUGAAUUGGGUGCUGUUUCAUCCAAGGAAAAACCUAGUGAAUUGGGUGCUGUUUCAUCCAAGGAAAAACCUAGUGAAUUGGGUGCUGUUUCGUCCAAGACAACAGGUAGUGAAUUGGGUGCGGUUUCAUCCAAGGAAAAACCUAGUGAAUUGGGUGCUGUUUCGUCCAAGACAACAGGUAGUGAAUUGGGUGCUGUUUCAUCCAAGACAACAGGUAGUGAAUUGGGUGCUGUUUCAUCCAAGGAAAAGCGUAGUGAAUUGGGCACUGUUUCAUCCAAGACAACAGGUAGUGAAUUGGGUGCUGUUUCAUCCAAGGAAAAGCAUAGUGAAUUGGAUGCUGUUUCAUCCAAGGAAAAGCAUAGUGAAUUGGGCACUGUUUCAUCCAAGACAACAGGUAGUGAAUUGGGUGCUGUUUCAUCCAAGAUAAAGUGUAGUGAAUUGGGUGCUGUUUCAUCCAAGUUAAAACAUAGUGAGCUGGAUGCAGUUUCAUCCAAGUUAAAACAUAUUGAGUUGGGUGCUAUUUCAUCCAAAGAAAAACGUGAAUUGGGUGCCGUUUCAUCCAAAGAAAGAUCUAGGGAGUUGGGUGCCAUUUCAUCCAAGACCAAAUGUAGUGAAUUGGGUGCUUUCUCAUCCAAGCCAAAACAUACUGAAUUGGGUUCGGUUUCAUCCAAAGAAAAACAAAGUGAAUUGGGGGCCAUUUCUUCCAAGGUAAAACAUAUUGAAUUGGGUGCGGUUUCAUCCGAGGUAAAACAUAUUGAAUUGGGUGCGGUUUCAUCCGAGGUAAAACAUAUUGAAUUGGGUGCGGUUUCAUCCAAGGAAAAACGGGAAGUGGAUGCUGUUCCAUCCAAAGAAAGAUCUAGGGAGUUGGGUGCCGUUUCGUCCAAGACGGAAGGUACUGAAUUGGGUGCUUUUUCAUCCAAGGAAAGUUUGGGUGCCGUUUCACCCAAGGAAAAACAAUGUUGUGAAGAUGACAGUAAAAAUCUGUUUGGGUAGUGGUACUGUGUUAGUGGAGGGCAUACAGUAGUAGUUAUGAGUUUUUUGUCUACCGAGUUAAAUCCUCUGCCUGGGUAUCCACUGUGGUACUUCAGACGACUUAUUCUAAAUUUUAAGCACCAAUCCUCUAUGGUUCUUUUGACGCUAUACUUUCAGAAACCCACAAAGAAAAGUGGUUUUUGGAUUUGGAUGAUAAUGUUAAACAAAUGUAUGCUAAAUUCUCACCAUACGUCCAUUUUAAUUUUUAUGAGCACCCUGGGGUUUAAUUACGUUCAAUUAAAAUGCAAAGAGAAUCUGAGGAAGGUUUUCUUGAGUUUAUAAACGUGUUUAUAAGACUUAACUUGACAACAUUUCUUAGAAUCAACGUUCCUAAAUUUCCUCACAUUUUGAGUAUAAUGAAUGCUUUUUAGAUGUUUUUGUUUUUAUUAAUACAAUUGUGAUUGAAUGCUGUUUUUGAACAAGAGCUUUCUCUGUCUUUCUCUGCCUUUUCUCGUUCUAUAGUUUAUUCUAUAGCAGUGGGUUCUAAGUAUCCAUCCGAAAAUGUAAAAGGAAGUAUUAUUCCAAAAUGUUCCCUUAUUUUUUUAUUCUUUCUUUUUCUCCGUAUGCUUUAUUAAAGUGAUUUUACUUCCUUCAUGUAUUUUUCUUUUUCAACAAUUAUAUUAGCCAGGGACCUAUAAUUCCAUACAAAUU